CGACGGGCAGGGCGGGGCGCGGCGGCCUCGCGGUGCCUAGGCUCGGGCGGCCGGCCGGGACGCGCUCAGUCGCGCGGAGCCGGGCCCCGGAGCGCAGGCGUCGGCAGGAUGAACAGCAUCAAGAACGUGCCGGCGCGGGUGCUGAGCCGCAGACCCGGCCACAGCUUGGAGGCCGAGCGCGAGCAGUUCGACAAGACCCAGGCCAUCAGCAUCAGCAAAGCCAUCAACACCCAGGAGGCGCCCGUAAAGGAGAAGCAUGCCCGGCGCAUCAUUCUGGGCACUCACCACGAAAAGGGGGCCUUCACCUUCUGGUCCUAUGCCAUCGGGCUGCCCCUGCCCAGCAGCUCCAUCCUCAGCUGGAAGUUCUGCCACGUCCUCCACAAGGUGCUUCGAGACGGGCAUCCCAAUGUGCUGCACGACUGCCAGCGGUAUCGGAGCAACAUCCGGGAGAUUGGCGACCUGUGGGCGCAUUUGCACGACCGGUAUGGACAGCUGGUGAAUGUUUAUACCAAACUCUUGCUGACCAAGAUCUCCUUCCACCUCAAGCACCCCCAGUUUCCUGCGGGCCUAGAGGUGACAGACGAGGUGUUGGAGAAGGCAGCUGGAACUGACGUCAACAACAUCUUCCAGCUCACCGUGGAGAUGUUCGAUUAUAUGGACUGCGAGCUGAAGCUUUCCGAAUCAGUUUUCCGGCAGCUCAACACAGCCAUCGCUGUAUCCCAGAUGUCCUCUGGCCAGUGCCGCCUGGCCCCCCUCAUCCAGGUCAUCCAGGACUGCAGCCACCUCUACCACUACACGGUCAAGCUCAUGUUCAAGCUGCACGCCUGUCUCCCGGCUGACACCCUGCAGGGGCACAGGGACCGGUUCCACGAGCAGUUUCACAGCCUCAGGAACUUCUUCCGCAGAGCCUCGGACAUGCUCUACUUCAAGCGGCUUAUCCAGAUACCCCGACUGCCCGAGGAGCUGAAGCCCAAGAGCCUGGAUGUGCGUCAAGAGGAGCUUGGGGCCAUGGUGGACAAGGAGAUGGCGGCCACAUCUGCAGCCAUUGAGGACGCUGUGCGGAGGAUCGAGGACAUGAUGAACCAGGCCCGUCACGCCAGCUCUGGGGUGAAACUGGAGGUGAAUGAGAGGAUCCUCAACUCCUGUACAGACCUGAUGAAGGCCAUCCGGCUCCUGGUGAUGACGUCCACCAGCCUGCAGAAGGAGAUCGUGGAGAGUGGCAGGGGGGCAGCCACGCAGCAGGAAUUCUACGCCAAGAACUCCCGGUGGACAGAAGGCCUCAUCUCAGCCUCCAAAGCCGUGGGCUGGGGAGCCACGCAGCUGGUGGAGUCGGCUGACAAGGUGGUGCUUCACACCGGCAAGUACGAGGAGCUCAUCGUCUGCUCCCACGAGAUCGCGGCCAGCACAGCCCAGCUGGUGGCCGCUUCCAAGGUGAAGGCCGAUAGGCACAGCCGCCACCUGAGCCGCCUGCAGGAGUGUUCCCGCACCGUCAACGAGAUGGCCGCGAAUGUGGUGGCCUCCACCAAGUCAGGCCAGGAGCAGAUCGAAGACCGAGACACCAUGGACUUCUCGGGCCUGUCCCUCAUCAAGCUGAAGAAGCAGGAGAUGGAGACCCAGGUCCGAGUCCUGGAGCUGGAGAAGACACUGGAGGCCGAGCGCGUGCGGCUGGGAGAGCUGCGGAAGCAGCACUACGUGCUGGCCGGGGUGGUAGGGACGCCCGCCCAGGAGGAGCCUGCCCAGCCCAGCGCCGCCCCCCAGAGCCGGACCUCCAAGAAGCCGCCUCUGGCCCAGAAGCCCAGCGUGGCCCCCAGGCAGGACCAGUAGCUAGACCAAAAGGAUGGCGUCUGCCUGCCUCAUCUCGUGAACUCCCAGGCUCUGGAGGGGUCCAGCGGGUGGCUGGUGGGCAGGCCUGGGCCCCGCGUGGCUACCCUGACUUGGCUGAGGCGGCUUCGAGGGACACAGUCCCAUACCAGCUCGCCGUACACGACCAGGGCGACAGGACUGGUGGAGUGUGACCGCGGCUGGACCCAGCCUCGGUCCCCCACCCACGACCCCGUCUCCAGCGCCGCCGCCGCCGCCGCCGCGGGCCCCGCUCGGCUCACCUCCUCCAUCUUCUGCACCAUCUCCGUCAGCUGCCCCUCGUCCUCCAGUAGCUCGUUGAGCUGCACCAGCGACAGCCCGGCGAACCGAGCUUCGCUCCCGGAGCCCGCCAUCCCCGCGUCUCCGCCGCCGCCGCCGCCGCCGCCUCUCUGGCCGCCAGGCUCCGCAGACCGGAAGCACCGCCCUCAAGGCCCGCCCCCCCCCGGCGGGGGGGGCACGUGA